UCUUGCGCAGCCGAGGACACCAACUGGGGGCGGGAGCUUUCUUCCGCUGUCGUCCGCGUCGGUGCCGGCGUGCUGAUGGUCCACAACGGCCUCGAUAAGCUGGUCGACCCCGAGGGAUUCGCCAAGUUCGUCGUCGAGCCGUACCUCGGCUUUCUGCCACACGACGACCCGCUCUCGUUCGUGACCUGGACCUACUUAGCCGCCGGGGCUGAGCUCGUGGGCGCCGCCGGUCUCACCCUCGGAUUCCUCACCCGUCUAAGCGCCCUGUCGCUCUUCUCCACGAUGGGCCUGGCGGUGUACUUUCACGUCGCGCAGUCCGGUCUCGAGGGGUUCCCGCUGGGAGUGGUCGAGAAACACCAGUACGCGUACGAACCCGCCGCGCUGUACUGCCUCAUUUACUUCUACUUCGUCGUCAACGGAGGAGGCGCGCUCUCCCUG